AAUCAGAGGGCAGCAGAGCCAGCCGAGAGAGCAGCGGCAGUAGUCCCAGAUCCUCCGUACAGCCACUGCUGGGUCCGACUGCGUUUGGCGACAACGGUGAUUUUGGGGGGUUGUUUUGAUUAAAGCUGACGGAUUUUAGUUUUUUUUUUUUUUCUCAAGUCUUUGGUUUGUUUUUUUGUUGUUGUUGUUUUAAUUCCCGCAUUGUUGCAGUUAAAACCAAGGAUGUUUGAUGUGUUUUCUACGAGUUCAACAGUCCCCGAGGGAGCAACAAACUUGGGAAUAACCGAUGUUGAAGCUGAGAGGAGCCAACUGUUCACACUGCCUUAACUCUCACUAGUCAACGGGCUGAACUAUGCUAAGCUAACCCGCUAGCCAAUGCAGUUGAAAUUCCUGUUAAAAAGUCCCCAAACCAGACAGCGAACUUUACAUUUCGGGGUUCGGCGAUUAGAUGAUAUUUGCUGGCGACUUUGAGAGAGAAACCCUUCCCUCGGAGCUUCGCUUUACUCCCUCGGAGCGGCCGGUGCAGGUGCACCUCUCUCCGGCACCUGCGACAACUUGUUGCUCCAUCGGGGAGAGCUAACUUUAGCUCGUUCGCGUUAGCAUUGAGCAGAAAGCAGAGAGUGGGUUUCUGGGAGCUGAUGUUUGUCUCGUAGCUGGGAUUAAUUAAGAGUUAAUACAUUCAUUGUUCACUUUGGUUGUGGCAUUAGCUGAAAGUAUUCCGGCUAACCGUACCCAGCAAACCUCGCUGGCUCGUUGUUGACCCUCAUACGGUUGUAUCGGAGACGUGGAUAACGUUACGGGCUGUGGACGCUGUCUCUCCCACAGGACUUUGGACACGGUUUGACUCUGCCGUGGGCUGCGCAGGGAGAUCCUCUCUGUUCUCAUCUGCUAGUCUCGUACAUGUGACAGCAUGAGGAUUUCUAAAAGUUACCUUUUACGGGUUUAAAGUUUUCAUUUUGCUCUAAAAAAAAAAAAAAAAGCUCUGCACCCUAUGGUGCUGCUACGGCCACCGAGAAAUGGAUGUCUCGCAGGCCGCUUUCCCAAACGGUGAAGGGCGGCCGGGCGGCGGUGGGACCGGGGAGCAUGCCUGGACGGAUCCCCCCACAGGUCGGUCGUGGGCUCACUCUGCCCCGCUGUGCCCGACUCGGUCCCUGUGGACAGCCGCAUAUGACUACGAGGCAAGCGGCGAGGACGAGCUCAGCCUCAGGCGAGGGGACGUGGUGGAGGUCCUGUCCAAGGACGCAGCGAUCUCCGGGGACGAGGGAUGGUGGACGGGUAAAAUCAACCACCGGGUCGGGAUUUUCCCCUCCAACUAUGUCACCUACCAGCCCGCUAUUUACCGUCUGCCCGCUACGAGUGGGACGGUGGGGGUCCCAGAGCAAGUCCCGAGCUCGCCUGUCCAGAUCCCUUUCAGUGAACUGGUGCUAGAGGAGAUCAUAGGCGUGGGUGGAUUUGGCAAAGUUUACCGGGGCACAUGGAAAGAUCAGGAGGUUGCCGUGAAGGCGGCUCGGCAAGACCCGGACGAGGACAUAACAGCCACCGCCGGCGGUGUUAAACAAGAAGCGAAACUCUUCUCCAUGCUGCAGCACCCAAACAUUAUUAAACUGGAAGGAGUUUGUUUGGAGGAGCCCAACCUGUGCCUGGUCAUGGAGUAUGCCCGAGGCGGGACACUGAACCGGGUGUUGACCGGAAGGCGCAUCCCUCCACACAUCCUGGUCAACUGGGCCGUGCAGAUUGCACGCGGGAUGCACUACCUACACGAGGAGGCCGUGGUACCCAUUAUCCAUCGCGACCUGAAGUCUAGCAACAUUUUAUUACUUGAAAAGAUUGAGAAUGACGACAUCGGGAGGAAGACCUUGAAGAUCACAGAUUUCGGCCUGGCCAGGGAGUGGCACAAAACCACAAAAAUGUCAGCUGCAGGCACCUACUCCUGGAUGGCCCCUGAGGUCAUCAAGUCAUCUCUCUUCUCCAAAGGCAGUGAUGUCUGGGGGUAUGGUGUCUUGCUGUGGGAGCUGUUAACGGGGGAGGUACCGUACCGCGGGAUAGACGGCCUGGCUGUUGCUUACGGCGUGGCUGUUAAUAAGUUAACUCUACCAAUCCCCUCCACAUGCCCCGAACCCUUCGCCAAGCUCAUGGAAGAGUGCUGGGACCAGGACCCCCACGUGCGUCCCUCCUUCUCCUGCAUCCUGGAGCAGCUGUCGGCCAUCGAGGAGGCGGUGAUGGCCACCAUGCCCCAGGACUCUUUCCACAGCAUGCAGGACGACUGGCGUGUAGAAAUCCAGGAAAUGUUUGAUGAGCUCAGGACCAAAGAGAAGGAGCUACGAUCCAGAGAAGAGGAGCUCACGCGGGCCGCCCUCCAGCAGAAGUCUCAGGAGGAGCUGCUGAAGCGUCGGGAGCAGCAGCUGGCAGAGCGGGAGAUUAACGUGCUGGAGAGAGAGCUUAACAUCCUCAUUUUCCAGCUCAACAAAGACAAACCCAAUGUGAAGAAGAGGAAAGGCAAAUUCAAACGCUCCCGCCUUAAACUGAAGGAUGGAAACCGCAUCAGCUUGCCCUCAGACUUCCAGCAUAAAAUCACGGUGCAGGCGUCGCCUUCCAUGGACAAGAGACGAAGCCUUCAUAGCACCAGCUCCUCUCCUCCCAGCAGUCCCACACUCAUCCCUCGACUACGAGCCAUUCAGCUGACGUCCCAUAUGCAGAGGGACAGUUUGCAUGUUUACCAACAGGAUGUUGAUCUGACCAGCGAGCUCACAGCCUACUGUGGGGUCAGAAAGAAAGUUACUCAAGAUGAGAGCAACCGUACAUGGGGCCGCAGCACCCCCUUCAGGCCAGAGGAGUUUGAUGAUGUGAAAAAGGGAAUCAAGAAGAAAGGAAGAACCUGGGGCCCCAGUUCAGUACAGAGCAAAGAAAGGCCUGCUGCUGCUGAGAGAGUGCGCCCUCUGUCCGACGGCAGUAAUCCCUGGUCCACCAGCUUGGUCAAGUCCCAGAAGUCUGUCCCCCUCGCUGCCCUGUUUGCUGAACAAGCGGGGGCCGGUAAAGACGAGGCAUUCUCCCCGGAAUGUCCUGACAGCAGCUCCAAGCCAAAGCAGCUCAAGUUCCCCAACCAGGUGUACAUCGAUCUACCUCUGUGGAGGGACGAGCAACAGCCUCAGAGCCCCGGUGGCCAUUGUGGACCAGGGGAUGCCGGAGUCGGGGCAGGAGGUAAGGGUGGCCCACUAGACACCCCAGACGACCCCUACACCACCACAUCCACCUCGUCCACCUCCACCACCCCACAGCUCACCCCCACCAACAGCCUGAAGCGGACGUCGGCUCGCCGCAAGACCGACUCCGUGCUGUACGGCUGCGGCUCGUUGCUGGCUUCAGUCGUGCUCGGUUACGACAUUAUGGAGGCUCUCAAAAACUCUGCCCCUGGGGAAGACUGCGAGCCCCAGCGUGAGGAGAAAGAGAAGAAGAAGAAGGAGGGCCUGUUUCAGCGUGCGACCCGGUUCCGUCGUAGCACCUCCCCGCCGAGCGGUCGCCCCCGCAAAGACGAGGCAUCGUCGAACCACACCUCCACCCAACCUGUCAAUCUCAUCUCCAUGUCAGCCAUUGUGGAAUGCAAUUCCACAAAGUGUCUCUUACAGUCUGAGGCGGAGGUGUCUGAGUCCAACCCUGGGAAGGUUGAGCUUGUAGCUGUCAAUCAUCACACAGAGCCAAACAGACCCGGCCCGGCAGCAUCUACGGACAUCCAGAGUAACAGGACUGCAGCUCAAACACAGACACCAGUGCAAACCCAAAGCCAGCCACCAGAGCAGAGCAACCACAACACAGGAACACGUCUACGCAGAAAGAAAUACUCCAGCAAUCACAAUACCAAUGGCCCACCCACUCUUCCUCCUCCGGCCACACAGAAGAAGCAAGAGAAAGAGAAGGACAGAGCGUUAGAGAAGCCCUCCGGAGGGGAGCCCUUCUCCAGACCGCGGCCUGUGUCCUUCCGGGCCAAGCCCCACGCCUGGGCCUUGCUGCGAGGGCGCAACAAGAGCUACUCCCUGGGCCACUACUCUGGAGAGAAGACAGCUCAAAACCUAAACGUGGUGCUGUCCUCAGAUGUGGGGGUGGGCUGCUCCCUGCUGGACAUGGACACAGAGGGCCAGAAGAGAGACUGCACUGUGCCGCUCUGCCGCAUUCAGAGUUCCCCGGCGCGGCCCUCCGUCUUUGAGCUGGAGAAAGAGUUCCUGUCUUGAAAAGUGAUCUGCUGUUGUCAUAGUUCAUCUGAUGCAAUGUAGAGUGUUCCAGAACAUACAGACAAAAUAUUUGGCCUAAAACUCCUGGAGGGUUUAGAACCAGGCUGCCUUGUUUCUGUUUAAAAAAGUUCUAUAACAUAGAACCCAGCUUUGUCUUAGUUCUAGGACAUAGUGAUGUCAGUGUUCUAGGACGUAACCAAGUCUGAGACUUCUAGAAGACAUCUGUGUCGCAGGAGUUCUAGAAUGUGCACCCUCAUCUCAGUUUGAGAACGGCCUUACACACUGCCUUGUCUCAUUCUAGAACACACACACACACACACACACACACACACACAGACAUAGUUCUGAAACCUGAGCAGAACAUUCCAGAGCUGGAUCAGCAGCUCUUCCUCUCAGCCCUCGGUGCUCAACUGCCACCUUUUGUUCGCUCAUCUUUCUCUCCCUUUGUUACCCCUCUUCCUUUCUCAUUCUGUCGGUGCAGCUAAACGUUGACCGCUGCUGCAGCUUUCGCAACACAAUACCCUCACCUUUUUAUUUAUAUAUAUAUUUUUAUAGGUAAUUUAAUAUGAAGAGACUUGACCUUACCUUAGCAACCAGCAGGACAUACAUUCCAUGUCAGUUUCAAAGUUGUGCGUUCACGCUUUUAGAUUUUUUGACUUGAGAAUCAUGCAUGCAUGUACCCUUAAAAUGUUGAACAAAAAAAAAAAUUUGCCUUGUUUGUAAAUAUUUCUUUUUAUCCAUUAUCAGCCUAAUGCUGACAGUUGUUUUGUAUUGCAUAUAUGUUGUUUUAUGGCUGUUUUUAAAAGUCAGCAACGCUGCAGUACAGUUUGUGUUCUAGGGACAGGUUACAUGCUGGAUCGUAGCAGGGAUGCAGGUAUGUUUCCUCCCAGAAUGCCCUGAUGAUUUUAGGGACGCAGGUAGAAAAAACACUACAAAGCAAAAACGUGGAAUCUUAAAAGUUGGUUCAGAUUUUAAAUGACCGUUGCGGUCUUAUGUCGCUAAUAUGGAUUUUUUUUCUAAGAGUAUUUAUAGAAAUAUUUUUGGUUCAUAUUUUCUGUACUCGGCACAUUGCAGCAGAGUGGGGGAACAAUUCAGCCAGCGAUGUCAAUGUCCAGGAAAACCUGCCCCAAAUUAAUGAAUUUAUAAUCCAAUACCCCCCCCCAGAUGACAGCUGAUUGGAACCUUAAUGACACGGCAUCAUGUCAGAUUUAAAUGGCAGAGGCAUAUCUGCACUGCCCGGGAGUGGCCACACAGGAGAACUUUUAUUUUAAGACACUGUUCAGAACAUUGAGUGCACCAAAUGGCAAAACCUGUACUGUAAAGCAGACAUACCCUGUGCCUUCAACUACUAAAGUUUCUCAUUAUGUCUCAUUCAUGUCCUGAUUUUUAUUAUCAUGUGUGUCCGUUUUUGUAAUUUAUGCAAACAAAUUGGACUUGAUAACUGAUUUCACUCUGAUAGCCAUUAUUAGUUUGAUAUACCUAAUCCCACUGUUAUGUUUAAUUGGUUUGACAUUUAUUUUAGUCUUUUUUUUUUUUUUUUUUCUAUUUGUACACUUUACUUUUUGCAACUUUAAGCAAACAGUUUUCCCCAUGUAGCCAAAUUUCUGGAGACAUUUGAGGACAGACGGAGAGAGUGAAGACGCUGUUUACUUUUCAUUCAUACUGUAAACUUACAGCCAGUUGAAUGGCUUCCUCAGGAUUAACAAAGGGGUUCAUUAUCCUGAUUUGUUCAACAGGUUUUUUUCUCUCUGGACUCUCUCUGGAGGUCUGACUAUGCAGGAUAUAUACUAUACCCGCUUCCAUGGUCACUCCCGGGCCCUUUCUGUAAAAACGCUACAGAUUAACUUAACAUCCAUUCUCUAUUUUUAUAGUCCCCCAACUUUGUCUGACUUCAGCCUGUUUUUUAAGAGUUCAUUAGAGAGUGUGUCCCGCUUUGGAAGGACGAGCUCACUUACAGCAAAAUAUGAAUUCCCAAAUGGUGUAAAUAUAAUUGUGAUUCCUGAUGUGUGUAUCACUGUGGCAUCAUAUGAUGACUUAGAAUGUGAAGUAUCCCUUGUUCUUGUAUUUCAUGACCACUGACUGUCAAACCAACACUGUAAAGGCCUUACUAAUCAUCUGGCUGUUGAAGGGGCAGUUUACAAGAUAUCACUGGAUUUACCCAUUUUUUUUUAUGAAUUAAGGGUAUUCUGUAAAUACCACAAUGCACUGGUACUGUACAUUCCCCUCAAAAUUUUGUAUUUCAGUUCGAAAAGUCUGCAGUUUGUCGUCAAAGUCACAAAACCUUGUUGGCUGGUGGUUAACGAAAGAGAUUUUGUGUAUUAAGGUUUUAAAGAAACAUUCCACUACAUUUUGACAAACUGCAGCGAGAAUAAUGAUACAAGUUAUCAGUAUGGUGCAUUCAGGCUUCUGGCUAUGGGACCAAAUUCAACUCUACCAGCACUAUGGCCUCUGUCUUCAGGACCAAAACCACUAAAUGAACUAGCUGCUAGUGAGGAGUUCUUGCAAAGAAAACUACUCGGUACGAAAAACUUCACAAACAAACCUCAGAGGCGCGGUGUGGCGCUGUUGCUGAAAGACCCAUCACCUUUCCAAUCAAAUAACAAGAGUUCCUGUUAAGUGCAACACCUCCUUUGAAUCACUGAACGUUUCUGCCACGCCGAAUGUGUCAGAUUUAGCUUUUUGCGUACAUCUGUUUCAGUGAAAGGUUUUUGUUAUCAUUACAGUAUUGGUUAUUUCAUGCCUGAUUGAUCAAGUUUAUCAAUAUUUUGAAUAAAGUCGAAAUCAAGACUAAA